AUUUUUAUAGAUAUAAGAGAGCGAGUGAAAGAAGUUGAGCAGCCUCAAUGCUCAGCCCUGUUCUUGCAUCGCAUACUUCUUUUAUGGAUUUGAACGAGCAGGGAACAGAUAACAAUUAUGUGUGGGAGUGGCAAGGAGAUGAUUACUAUUUAAAAGAGAAUUUGAUGAAAGACAUAUCUUGCUCAUUUUGGGAUGAAGCGAACCAUAAUGAGGACAGUUUUAUGUACAUGUUGGAGGUGCAAACACCUAUCAAAGAUUGUGCAGAUUUUGAUUAUCAAACAAUGGAUAUAGAAGACAACAUAAACAAGAUGUUGGGGGAAUGUGGAGAUUCUUCGCUGCGGAAAAGGCGUCGGAUGCUGCAUUUCCCUCUUGAUGCUGAUGAAACUGCCAUUGGCAAUGCGCAGUCCACUUCUUUUCUUCUAAGAUAUAAGGAGGGGGAGGAUGAGCAAAUAGAUUAUGAACCAUCAUCACCAACAAAUUCUGAAUUGAAUCCACAGUGCAACAUCGGAAUAGCAGAGGGUAACUGUGGAUUCAACUCAGAGUCAUGGGAUCAGCCAUCAGAGGGCUGGUUUGACAACUGCUUUGACGAAAGUGUGAUGCAAUAUGAGACAGAUGAAACUACUGCUCCCAUUGAAGUGAUAAAUUAUCUGAAUUGUGAUGAGACAUCUAAUUUGCAAGGGCAUGGCCCAGAGAUGUCUGAAUCAUCCAUUGUCCACGAAACAGAUUUGGUUCAAGAGAGCAAAUCUUCAGGUCUACACAGAAUUGGCAGAAAAUCUUUUAUUGGAACAUCAACAAAGUUAACUUCUUCUGUUGCCUAUCCUUUCGCUCUCAUAAAACCAUGUGGACUUGAGGGUGAUUUGACUCUGAAGGACAUAAAUCAAAGGUUACACCCACCUUCAUUAAGUUCUAAGAACACGAAAGAUGAGGAUGCUUCACUUUCCUACCCCACUUCAGCCUUUUCAGGGAAACCAGUGGUUGUUAAAACAAAAAUUCGUACUGAAGGUGGAAAGGGUAGCAUUACUAUUAUGAGAACAAAAGGAUCCUCGAUAUGAAGCUCAACCCUAUAA